AUGAUGGUCAUGGUCGACCUCUCACCGGGACUGGAUCCAGCCGAGCGGCGAAGUCUGGGCUUCUACAGAGAACGCACCACGGCGAGGCUCCGAAGCUUCAAAGAGCUCUCUUUCUGGGAUGGUGUCGUACUGCAGUGCAGUCAGGCGGAGGAGUCGGUGCGGCGCAUGGUGAUAGCCAUCGCCGCCCUGCAUGAGGAUGUGAGCACGGGUGAGAGGUUGGUGGUCCACAGGCCCUGUGUACUUGCUCUUGAAGAAUACUCCAAGGCCAUCUCCAGGGUCAUACACUACGGCAAUUCCAUGGACACUGGCACCGUGCUGCUGACCAUGGUCUUGUUCAUGUUCUUUGAAAGCAUUCUGGGCCACCCGCUUUCCGCCACCAAUCAUCUGUCGGCUGCGGUCCAGGUAUACUCCAAUCUAGACCUGGGCAAACACAGUCCACUCAUUGGCGAUACCAUCAGACCUAUCUUGCAUCGACUGCGUUCGACGGCGGUCGCUCUGGACACGCCCCAAUUCCCUGGCCUGUAUGUCGUCUCUCCCAAGACAUCUAUCGACCGGAUACACUGUCUCAACGACGUAGAUCGUGAAAUCGGUAUUCUCAUCGGGCGCAUCUCCGAUCUAUCACGAUCACUUUCGAUUCUGCAUGCAGCUGCGAAACAGCCGUUCGUCGAAGAGCUGGAGCACCAUCUCAAACUGUGGAAAGCGGCUUACGAACAGUACUUGGCUUGUGAAACACGGGAGUGUGAUUGCGACGUUGGGCAUGCUCGACUCGCUGCUCUCUAUCUCAACACCCAAUCGACCAUCGCCACCAUCCGAAUACACAGCGAGCCUUUUUGCGAGGGUAUCACAUUGGACCAACACCACCUGUCUGGCCUCCGACAUCUGGUUGCCACAUGCCACAGGAUCAUCCAGGAUCUGGACCAGCGCGGUCCUUCGAUUCUUGAGUCGUUUGUCGAAUGUCUCGGGUUUGAGCUCGAUCUGGGGCCCAUUCUUAGUUUUGUGCUGAUGCAUUGCGAGGUUUAUUCCAUCAGAAGAUCUGCCCUUGACGUGCUUCGGAUCUGGUGCGAAACGUAUAGCUGUCGGGCAGAUGCAAUCCUCCCGGACCUCGAUGUGCUGGAUGACGUGAUGCUGAUGAUGCACGCGUGUGGCCACAACGAAGCUCCGACACUGCAUAUUCCGGCUGCAGGUAUUCCGGACAUUGGUGCCGUAUAA